AGCAAUAAGCAGGUAUGCACAUAAUUUAGAAUGAGCAAAUAUACGUUAUCAGGUAGCUUGCACAACAGGCAUUAUAUUUAGGGGCACUCUGGUGUGUUGUAAUACUAAUGAUAAUUUAGAAUUCAUAUUGUGCAGUUUUCGUUAUGAGAUGAUCAACUGCACAUUACAACAAUACAUAGAAUAAAAAUAACUAAAUGAUGAAUAAAAAUUACAUCAUGUUUUGUGUAUAAUAUUAAAAAACCUAACCAAGAAUAAAAAGCCUUACUUAAACGUACGUCUUUAAAACUUUUGCUUAGAAAAAUUGAAUAAAAACUACAUAGUAGUUUCAACAAAAUUAUAUGACAAGUAUCAUCUCUCAUGAAAGCCCUUUAAGGGUUAAGGAUUCAAUGGACAGAGGACAGCAGUGACCAAAGAUGGGGUCUUAAUUUUGAAUUUUACAGUCUGUUAACAAAUUUUGGGACAGCUGAUACUUGAUAGCAUUUUACAAGGAGAAAACUGCUCAGCUUGUCAGUUUGCUCCUCUGCCUUUAAGUUAAAAAAGAAAUAAUAAUAAUAAAACAAAAAAAGCUGUAACAAGAAAAAUGUUAAAAGGGGCUUCCCUAAAAAUCUGCUAUACAAGUUAUAAGGAUGCCAAAGAGAAAUGUAAAUAAAGCUGUUUAUAUUGUAACUGGGUAUAUAUAUUACAGUUCCAAAAGCAAGGCCUUCUGCAUUGUACCCUAAUGUGUUUAAUAAAUUAUUUUCUGUUCAAACAGACCCAGCUCACAGUCAAUCAAGUUCAGAGAGCAUGGUGUUUGGAUAAUUACACAGAUGCUGGGGUCAAGAUGAGACAAGAAUAACUAGAUAGGAGCUUAGCUGAGACUAAACACAAGAUUAAAGAAGCUUGCAAGCAGGAACUGAAUAGGCAAACAGUGUUGAGGAAGAUAUUGUUUUCAAAACUGUUAGACAUGCUCAUAGAUUUAACAUACGGUAUUCAUAAUAAAAGUAGGACUGCCUAGUUGAAGAAAGCCCCAAAUGACAUAAUAAAUAAUUUGUUAGAAUAAUGUAAAACAGG